AUGACAAAUAAAGCCACAAAUGACGUGAUAGCUGCCGCUUCAGCCACUGAAGAUGGUGAAGUAGCUAUCAUAGUUCGAGGACCGUAUGGGGAGAACUUAGUGCGUGAAGAACUGCUUCACGCGAAGAGUACAGAUGAUAACUCCGUCUCACUCUAUUACAAUAGUAAAAGUAAAAAGGUUUCUUUGGAGAGUCUAAACGGGAAUCAUAUCAAGUCAGUUUCCUGGAGUUUGGGUUCUCAUUUCCAUGGCACAUUGAUUCUUAUCGUGACCCACUCUAGAGUGAAGUUGGCGGUAGGAUGCAAACCGCUGCAUUGGCAUCCUAUGUCCGGUAGACAUGACGUGCUGACACUCUUAGCGAACGAAAAAUUAAAAUUGUACCACGAAGAGAAUGCUCCAGUUGAGGUCUAUGAUAGUGAAAAGACAGCUUUAGAUGCCUUGAACUGCAACCAUAGAGACCUUAAACCUCCAACCUUAGUCACAGUUGAUUCCGAUGUGGAAGAAGUCAAAGAUUUCAUAAAACGCGAAGAGAGAAUGAAGAUGGAAGAUGAAAUGCAAGGAGACGAUCCGAGAAAUAACUAUAUAGAUCCUAACAUUUACGCUCCACUGCCUCUACCACAGACUACUCCUGGCUCACAAAGAGGAGAUAUUCCUGCAACGGAUAUAGAAUCUUGUGACGAUGAAGUGAUCCGUCAAUUGAAACUUCUCCGUCAAACGAUAGAACUUCUUCGUCGUGAGCUUGCAGACCAGAAAGGGACAAUAGAUGGUCUUAGAAAUCAACUCCGAGCUUGUUGCAAUCGAGUUUCACCACCCCCCAUAGAUAGAUGUUCCGGAUCUUCAUGCUAUCCUGGAGUGCAGUGUCGCAACACGGCGACAGGCAUCCAGUGUGGACCCUGUCCAUCAGGAAUGGAGGGUGACGGAAGAAUAUGCAGACCUAUAACUUGUAAUCGACGGCCAUGCUCUAAAAACGAAUAUUGCAUCGACACGGAACAAGGAUUUAGAUGCGAGCGAUGUCCAGGAAGACAGACCAGCGAUGGACAAACAUGUCAUUCCGCUUGUAGCUCCAAUCCUUGCUUUGGUGGAAGAGUACAAUGUCAAGAUUUACCGGAUGGUAGGUAUCGUUGUGGCUCUUGCCCCGCUGGUUAUACAGGGAAUGGGGAACAAUGUGUCAGACUAGCCUGCCGUUCCAACUCUUGCUUCCAAGGAGUUGAAUGCCAGGAGACGGCGUCAGGUCCUCGAUGUGGUCCGUGCCCCCGUGGGUACGACGGUGAUGGUAUCCGUUGUGCACACGUGUGCUCCCGACGACCUUGUGGCGAGAGACGUUGCAGCCCCUCGAACAACAGUCCCUACUAUACAUGUGAAGGCUGCCCUAAGGGAUACGAGUGGAACGGUUACACAUGCGUUGAUAUGGACGAGUGUGAUUUAAUACGUCCUUGUGAUGAAUUGGUGUCGUGUCGCAAUACGGAGGGAGGGUUCGAGUGUGGCGCGUGUCCUACAGGGUACAGGGGCAGCUCGGGAUGGAGUGGUGCUGGUCAGGAGAGACGGAAGGAGGGCUGUGUGGAUGUAGACGAGUGUGACCAAGACGUGUGUCCGCGGGGACGGCUGUGUGUCAACACGCCGGGUUCGUUCACGUGUGUUCCCUGUGGCGGUCACUACUACGUGAACACCUCUCGGCCGUGUAUAGAGGCGGACUCCUUGCGGCGAUGUGACCCAGCUUUCUGUCGCUCUCAUAACGCUGUGUGUGGCUUCGGACAGGGAUGUGUGUGUGCGACUGGCUGGGCCGGUAAUGGUACUGUUUGCGGUACUGACAGUGAUUUGGACGGAUAUCCGGAUCAACAGUUGCCUUGUAGUGAAUUACAAUGCACAGCAGAUAAUUGUCCCCAUGUGUCCAACUCGGGACAAGAAGACGCGGAUAAGGACGGUAUUGGAGAUUCAUGUGAUCCAGAUGCUGAUGGCGAUGGAAUACCGAAUGUACCGGACAAUUGUCCCUUAACACCUAAUCCAGAUCAGCUAGAUAGGGAUGAGGAUCGCAGUGAUAAGCGUGGGGAUGCGUGUGAUAAUUGUCCAAGAAGAUUCAACCCUGGGCAAGAAGAUGCAGACAACGAUGGACUCGGAAACGUCUGUGAUCCUGAUAUGGAUAAUGAUGGCAUUCCCAACGAGCACGAUAAUUGUCCCCUCGUGUUCAACCCACAACAGGAAGACAUGGAUGGAGAUGGUGUUGGGGAUCUGUGUGACAACUGUCCGAGAGUACGGAACCCGUCCCAGGAUGACUCCGACAAAGAUAACGUUGGUGACGCCUGUGACAGUGACGUAGACAGAGAUCAGGACGGUAUACAGGAUGGCUUAGAUAAUUGUCCGAAUUUAGCGAACAGUGAUCAGCAAGAUGUUGAUAAUGAUGGCAAAGGAGACGCCUGUGAUGAUGAUAUAGACGGUGAUGGGAUCCCGAACCUCGAGGACAACUGUCCUUUGGUGUACAAUCCUGAUCAGGCUGACGCUAAUGGUGACGGUGUCGGUAACGUUUGCGACAACGACUUCGAUGGAGAUAACAUUACUAACGCUCUUGACAAUUGUCCGAAUAAUUCGAGAAUAUUCCGCACUGACUUCAGGAAGUAUAUGACGGUAAGGUUGGACCCAGAAGGUACUUCCCAACAAGAUCCACGUUGGCAGUUGGCUCAUGAGGGUGCUGAGAUCACUCAAACUCUUAACUCAGACCCUGGACUGGCCGUCGGAUUUGACAGCUUCGGAGGAGUUGACUUUGAAGGCACAUUAUUCGUCGAUUCGCAUAUAGACGAUGACUACGUUGGAUUCAUAUUUGGCUACCAGAACAAUAAGCGGUUCUAUGUGGUGAUGUGGAAGAAGAAUAGCCAGACGUAUUGGCAGACGACUCCAUUCAGAGCAGUCGCUGAGCCCGGGAUACAGCUGAAAUUGGUACACUCUAGCACUGGCCCGGGCAAGAUACUGAGGAACGCCCUCUGGAACACAGAGUCUACACCAGAUCAGGUAACACUUCUAUGGAAGGAUCCUCGCAACGUCGGCUGGAGGGAGAAGACGGCCUACCGCUGGCGUCUCAUACAUAGACCCAAGAUAGGACUGAUUAGACUGAAGAUAUAUGAGAACAAUAGUCUUGUAGCUGAUUCUGGAAACGUAUACGACUUCACGCUUAAAGGCGGAAGGCUGGGAGUUUUCUGCUUUUCACAAGAAAUGAUCAUUUGGUCCAAUCUUGUGUACCGCUGUAAUGAUAAAAUACCAACGAACAUAGUAUCAGAGCUGCCACCAAGGCUUCUUAAGAAGCUGGAUAUAGACCACGACUUCGUUUAUUUGUAG